UGCUUUUUGGGUGAUGUUGUGGACAUUGGCUAUCUUUACUUUUCUGAAGCAUGUCCAUCGGUCUUACGAUGCCUCCAAGACCUUGUGGUUUGGCAGGAAUGCGAUUGGGAGAAGGAGCCUUCUUGUUCAUUGGCCCACUUCAGAGAUUCUCGGCUUAUUUUUUCUUCUAUAUCACCUCCAGCCUCCACUUCUCAGAGGCCAGGUUUCCAACUCGCUUCUCUGAAUUGCGGAUUAAUUGUCAACCCAAAUAGGUCUUCCUCUACGUCCCACUUGUACCACGUUAUGCUGAUUAUUAUCAAUUCUCUAGAUCCUGAAGUUGAAGGUAGAGAAAGUAAUAUAAAUUACUGGGAAGAACUCCUCUGUGGGGUGUACAGCAUAGAUAUUGAUGCUUCAAGAGCUGGUGCAUGUCUGUCUGGUAAAGUCAGAAAGCAUGAAGGGAUGAACUCUAUGCUAAAAGAUCUUAUCGCGUGGGAGAGGAAGCUGAUUGAGCCUAAGCAUGUGGAGUUAAAAACUUUUAGUUCCUCUCUACUUCUUGGGAAGCCUGACUUGCUUUCAGCUUCUGAUAGUGGAACAUUACGGUCUUCAACUAUCUCACCGGCUGAAAGGGUCUUGGGUGCCCUGAGAAAAUCCAUCACACAACAUACUACCCAGAAUGCAAUUUUCUAGGUGCUAAGCUAAACUGCUUCCUUUUCACCUCCUUUGUCUUAGAUAGAAUAUUUUUCUUUGCGAAUGGCGCAUUGGUAUAUAAUACUCCCUUUGUUUUUUAUUAGUUUACCCACUUCUUUGGGCACAAAGUUUUGGUAUGUGGGUCAUAGAAGGAAAGAGAAAGUAUUAAUUUAUUGGCAUGUUGUAUUGAAGUUAAUGUUGUAGGCCAAGGAAAGUAGAGUGAGAAGAUAAAGAUAAUAUGAAACAAUUGAUGGGACCAUUCCAAAAACAGAAAAAAGUGGUAAACUAAUAAGGGACAACCAAAAAAGGAAAGUGGGUAAACUAAUAAAAACCAGAGGGAGUAUAUUUAUAACCAUGCAGUUUUUCUAGCUUUUGGUGAGCUAUACACUGAGUGUACAUUGCAUAGUUAUUUGUGUGUAGUAUAGACCUUGGUGAUGGUUAAUUCAGAAAAUUGCAUUAAUAGUUACUACGAAAGAAAAGGCACUAUGAAUAUUGGCAUAUGUUGCUUAUGAAACACUCUUAUAUGGAGUAUUCUUAUGAAGUGAGGUGGAGGUUUUGUUCAUUCAAUCUAUU